AUGUUCAAGAAGAGCGAUUGCCACCACGAAAAAACAAAGCCCGACGUGCCCCUUCGAACCGAGCGCCCGGUCAUGGGCUUGCGGACGGAGAAGAACUUUGUAGUCGCCAACGCGGUGGAGAACACGAUGGCGGUGCCUACCAAGGUAAUGCCAGCCCCACAGCCUCGUGCAACAGAUCGCGAGGACUUUGGCAAGGUGCCGCAGUACAUCACAGAAAUCAAAGGUGACCUGAACGCGCGCAAGCAGAUGCUCGAGGACCUCAAGGCGGCGGACAGAGGUGCUCAAGAGCGGUGGUCGGAAAUUUCUCUGUCGGAGCUGGCGCAGCUGCGCGAUGGCCUUCAGCGUCGCUGGGACAUCCUCAACAAGGACUACCAGACGAAAGGAUUCAGCAAGUUGGAAACACCAUCGCAGCGUGCACAUCAGGAACUUGUAGAGAGGCAGUUGGUGGCCGUAGAGUAUGCGAUGCAGAAGCUUAGCCGGCAGCACGUCUUUGUAUUCGACGAUCAGAAAUGA